AUGGCAUUUCUCAGACAAGUUACGGAAUAUGGCGAAACUGAUCGGGAUGACAAAGUAAGAGAAGACGAUAAUUGUCCUCUGGAAGAAAAAAAUACUUCUCAGUUCCAAACAAUUUUGAACAUCGAUAAAUUAAAAAGUUCGCGGGCUGUUAAGAUCAAUUUCAGACUUCAUGUGACAGAGAAAUUACCACCAACAUAUCGACCUGGAAUAAGAUAUGUCAGAUGUACCUCGGGGAUGUGGACAAUGAGCGAGACCGUUAUGUGCAACGAAACAUCUAAAGAUGAUACAGAUAUUUGGUAUCAGACCUUUAUUGAUAUUCCACAAAGAUCGGAGUUUAUUUGGAGGUGGACGAUGUUUGAAGGUCAAAAGGUAGUAGAUGUUGAAAAGGAAGUCAGGACAUGUAAGAUAGGGAGGUAUGGUGGGGUACUGCACACUGUCUGGGACGAUGAUGUCAAGAUUUUGGAACCGGACAUGUGUGUUGUAACAUUUUAUACGUGUUAUCACACAUACUCGGACGAACGACUUGCUUUAAUUGGAUCUAGUGAUGCUCUGGGAGAGUGGCAAUCAUCAAAGUCAGUUCCAGCUUAUCAAUACCCUGGUGGGUCAGGUGAAUGGUCAGCAACUGUACCCUUAGAAAGGAACUUGGACCAAGAGUGGAAGUGGAUAGUUAUGGAUCAGACUAGAGACUUAAUACGACGGUGGGAAGAUGGUCGUAAUAGAGAGAUCAAUGGUGAUGGCUGCGAUUGGAAGGUUGUGUGGGCACCUUGGAAUUCGAAGGAUUAUGUCACUGACUAUGGAAAUUUUGAUAAAAUGGAACUGUCGUCACUACGAUUACCUAGAUAUCUUGAUUGUUAUGAAGAAAGUUGA